AUCAAAUCAGCAAGUAAUCAACGGCCAUUAAUCCGUACACGGUCCCACAAAUUCCUCUCUCUGACCACUGACUUCUCAUUGCAUCUCCGAGCUGUGACUUCGCUCUUUCUCUACCCGCGAGACGAAAUAAACGAACACAGUUCGAUCUUUAGCUGCGUCUCAAUUGUAUGAUCUUCACUAAUCUGUCGUCUCCUGCUUCUUCGAUCUUGCGAAAAUGAUCCGCUUCAUAUUGCUUCAGAACAGGCAGGGGAAGACUCGGCUCGCAAAGUAUUACAUUCCUCUCGAGGAAUCCGAGAAGCACAAGGUUGAGUACGAGGUUCAUCGGUUGGUUGUGAACAGAGAUCCCAAGUUUACCAAUUUCGUUGAGUUCCGUACACAUAAGGUUAUCUACAGGCGAUAUGCUGGAUUAUUUUUCUCGCUCUGCGUUGAUAUAACUGAUAACGAGUUAGCAUAUUUAGAGUGCAUCCACUUAUUUGUGGAGAUAUUGGAUCACUUUUUCAGCAACGUGUGCGAACUAGAUUUGGUGUUCAAUUUCCACAAGGUAUAUCUUAUACUAGACGAGUUCAUUCUUGCUGGGGAGCUCCAAGAAACAAGCAAGAAGGUAUGGAUUGUAUCAGAAUUUUUAUUAUUCUCUGCUUGUGUGUGGAACCAAAAGUUUCAAAAUUCCUUUUCUUCCUUGAUUGCUGGUAACAAUAUGCAGAUUAAUUUGGUCACCAUUGUAGCUCACUUCUGUUGCUUCCAGAACUAUAAUGGCGGCGCAAACCUGAUCAUUUGUUUGCUUUCUAAUUCACGGCUUUAACUGAGCAUUGUCUUAAAGUACACUCAAUGGAAUAAGUUCUUAUUGUGUUCAGUCCCAUGCCAUUAUAAUCUUUUUCCAAAAAUUUAUGUUUGCUGUUGCACUGCCGUUUUGACUUUAACCUGCAGGCGAUCAUCGAGAGAAUGGGUGAAUUGGAAAAGCAGGAGUGAAGAUUUAUCUGGCAGCAUAGUGUUUACGUGCUUAAAUUUUCUGAGCCAUUCUCGGCCAAUGCUACUCGUAAUAGGACUGAGCUUCUUUCUUAUUUGUUAAUGAAUUUCUGUUUUUAAAAUUUUGCGCAUUUGGUGUUCAUAAUCAAGUCAAAAACGGUUCUCACGUGGAUGAGAUUGUAUGCAAAUAUGAUGAGGUUGAUCCAUAUAUUCUUUCACUUUUUGUAUUGUCUUGGUCUUUAUAAUCGUAAUUUUCUGCAAACCGAACCUUGUGGAACUGUAAUGUACACC